UAUUGCUUUUUUUUUUUUUAAUAGGAAAUAGUAGGUUUAUUACUUAAUUUUAAGCAAAUUUGAUCACUUUAAGUUACUAUGAAUAGUUGAAUACAAGUCAAACAGUAAAUUAGGAUGGGUCAAUUUUGUAUUGACUAAUGACUACUAAUAGAUGAUUACUAAAAGUACGGAUUCUCCUAUAUUCUAUUGGUAUAGUAUACGGAAUUACGGAGUCCUAGACUCCUAGUCUCACUAGACCACAACUACCACCCUUUUUUUUUUAUUUUUUUUUUUUUUAAAUAAAACCGAAAAAAUUUGUACAUACUCCAAAAUUACAGUUACAAUACCCUUAUCCACCGUUGGAUCACACCCCUCACCUGAUUUCUCUUAUUUUAUUGGGUUUUUAAUUUUUUUUUUCCGUUUUUUUUUUCAUUGGAAGAAUUUAUUUCACAUGGAGUGUAUAAAAUUUCCAACUUAUACUCCACGUAAAAUUUGAAGUACUCCUAAUUUAUAUCCGUCUUAUUCUAAAUCCGAACUCACAUAAUAAUUUAUUUAUUUAAUCCCUUACAAAUAUUUCCUUCUUUAACUUAAACUCUCACUCGAGCUACUUAGCUUGAAAUUUUAUUCAACUUGUACUCCAUGUGAUAAUUGGAAUACUGGUAACUUAUAUUCAUCUUAGAGAAUAAGGAAUUGCUCUAAUCGAUUUUAUUGCUCUUUAGACAUAAAAAAAAAAAAAAAACUUAUAUCCGUCUAAUCAUAAAUCCGAACUCACAUAAUAAUUGAUUACUUUCCCUUAUUUAAUCCCCCAGAAUAUUCCUUUCUCAACUUAAACACUCACUCACUCCCUCUCACUCAUACUCUCAAGUCUCAACCAAUACUCUCAUUUUCUCUCUCUCUCCUCCAUUAACAAACAAUGUUGAGCAGAGACUACGAAAUCAUCGAAGAAAUCGGCAGCGGUCGAUUCGGCGUCGUUUCAAAGUGCAAAUCCCGAUUAACCGGAGAAUUCUUCGCCGUUAAAUCCAUCAACAAAUCCUCUGUUUCCGGCGACACCAUCGAUUCUCAAUCCCUCAUCAACGAACCCAAAGCUCUCCUCCUUCUUUCUCUCUCCUCCACGUCAUCACCACCACCAUCUUCCUCCUCGUACAUCACUCGUCUUCACUCCACUUACGACACCCCCUCUCACCUCCACCUCAUCCUCGACUUCUUCCCUUUCCCCUCCCUUUACGACGUCGUUUCACUCCACCACCGAAUCCCCGAACCCGAAUCUCGCUCCAUCGCUUUCUCUCUCCUCCACGCCAUCCUACAUUGCCACCAAAACGGCGUCGUUCACCGCGACAUUAAGCCCGACAACAUCUUAUUCGACCCGGUUACAAAACGGGUCAAACUCUGCGAUUUCGGGUCAUCUGGGUUUGUCAACGACGGUGGGAGGAUGAGUGAGGUGGUCGGAACGCCGUAUUACGUGGCACCGGAGAUUCUAGAAGGAAAUGGGUAUGAUGAGAAGGUGGAUGUGUGGAGUGCUGGUGUCGUUUUGUAUGUAAUUCUUGCUGGAAUUCCGCCGUUUUAUGGAGAGAGAGUAGAAGAGGUUUUUGAAAAAGUUUUGAGGGGUAAUUUGAGGUUUCCUUCGAGGGUUUUUGGGAAUUUCUCACCUUCUGUUAAAGAUCUUUUGAGGAAGAUGAUUUGUAGAGAUGUUUCCAGAAGAUUCUCUGCUCAAGAAGCUCUUCGACACCCUUGGUUCAAUGCAAAUGGAGGGCAACCUACGACAACGACAAUGACAUGAAUCUACAUAAAAUUAAUACAAGAAGACAACAUAAGAGUAUAUAAUAUAUAUAUAAGAUGGUAACAAUGUUAAGUAGUAUUCUGUUUUUAGCUUUGCGAGGAAGUAAUGUAAAUCAAGUAAAAGUGUUUGGUAGUAGUUUUCAAGCUAUAAAAAGCCCGGUUUUCCUUCAACAUAGUGGCUUUUGCUUGGGUUUGUUUUUUAGGAGUAUAUGAGCAGCGAUAUGGUGUAGGCAACUCUAAUUUGGAAUAUAUUGUACAAAAACUACUAAUUGGAAUAUCUUCUGCUUUCUA